CUAGAGUUUGCUUUGUAACCUCAGCCAAUCAGCUGGGUGAACGUAACACUACCUAAUUAAUAUGUAUGAGCAAAGCAUGUGGGCGUUACCAAAAACAUACAGGUGAUGGUGCUUGACGGCAGCUGGCAGCGAAUGAUAGAAGUUAAAAACACAAAAUUUUGAUUUUUUUCAGAGUUUCUUCUCCCUCAAUAGGUGACAGUAUAAAUGAAACAUAUGGAUAAAAUUACAUUCUUAGACAUUGUCCACCGAUGGAGCCCAGAGUUUGUUAAAGGUUGUCUUUCGACAUAUGAAGGACAUAUUUGCAUCUCGGCUGCUCUUUACGUCUUGUCUGCUUUUAUAUUACUUGUUUCUUGUUCACUUCUUCUUUAUCACAGAUGUAAAACGCGAAGCAACAGUUGGGGCGAUGAAGCAGUCUGCGCCUUGUAUUGUUUCGUGGGCAACUUGUGCAGCGCAGUGGGCGCUUUCCUUUCCAAACAGUUUGAUUUUCUGAUUUCUAUGGCUUCAUAUAUGGCAAUUUUGGAUGUUGUUCAUUUCCUGUCAAUAUCUUUCUCCAUUUAUUUAUGGUAUAAGUCAAAAAUGGGAAAGAAAAUGAGAAUGAUUUCCAGGAGGAGGCGGCAGAAUUUUCUAGCCGUUUGUCUGCUGUUUGUAAUGGGCGGCAGUGUUUACCUGGGUUUACCAGUUCAUUCGAGUGCAAAAAGACUAUCUCCAACCAUGAGGAGGCUACUUGGCAUCUUCCUCAAUGGCUAUACUGAGAACCUUGGUUACGUGCUGGGUCUUCUGUCCUUCACAAUAUGCUGGACUGCCAAGUUUCCCUUCGUCCUGAAAGCUAAUAGAGGAGAGCAGGGUUCUGCUGUGCAAGUGUCCUCUAGAGUUCUGUCUUCUGUUUCUGGAGCUCUGUACGGCUCUGCCAUUCUUCUCUACGACACAGAGCUAAAAUCAGUUAUCAAAGCAAUGCCAUGGAUACUCUCUGCUCUCAGCUGUGCUGUUCUGGAUCUUUCUAUUGUGGUCAUCGCCUGUUUCAGAUCCAGCCAUAAACGCCCUUCUGUCCGGUCUUUAGACUCGGAUACUGAAUCUUUACUAGGUGACUCUUCUGUCAAAGGUCAGCUGUGCAACAACAACGUUGAAUGCUGCAGGAAGAAGCAUCUCUCAGCAAGAGGCAUCUCUCCCAAAGGGACUGACAUGGGACUCUAUAUGGAUGUCAACAUACAGCCACUGAGGAAGGUUUGUUUAAAGGAGGUGACCAUCUCACGGGACGGCUCAUCGGAGAGUCUUCCUCUGAAGAGGACUGUCAGGGUCGUGCGGGUCGAUGAACAGUGUUCAUCUGGUACCUCGACUGAUUCAUCCUCUAUCGGCUCGGAACUAGAGAUCUAUAAUAAAGGAACAGGGCAGGACCUUUCUGCAUCGGAAGUGGUACAAAAUGCUUGUUCAGUCUACAGGAGAUUUGGCCCGCGACUCUGCUAUUUUAAGAGCGGGUCUGUCGCCCGCCCGAUGCAUGGAGAACAGUGGACAGGCUGAGGGGUUUCUGAACUCUGAGGAGGGGUUGUUUGUGUCUGAGCGUAUGAGUAACUAAACACUCCUGUGAGGCUAUUCAUGCCUUAAACGAAUAGUUUAGCCCAAAAUAAAAAUUGUCAUUUACUCACCCAUAUCUCGUUCCAUACACAUGA